CUCCGACCACCAAGCUCUCACACACGUUGGUGAUCUAUUUCAAUUUGAAUCUAUAUCCUUCCAGCUAUAUAAUGAAGUUUGGGAGGAAAAUCAACACUGAUCUCUACAAUGAAUGGCGCCCUUUUUAUCUCGACUACAAUGGUCUAAAGCGGGAACUCAAGGCACGGACCACUGGGCGUACUUGGAAUGACCAGGAUGAAAACGGGUUCAGACUUCGUCUGGAGCAAGAGUUAGAUAAAAUUCACGACUUUCAGAAGGAAAAGGCCUCCGAGCUUUCAUGCCGAAUUCGUGAUGCCGAGAAAGAUGUCAAACGUCUGGUCGAGGAUGAGAUUUCAAGCUCUUCUGAUCAACGCCGUGCUACCGCUACAGAUGAUUCUACUCAACAGACGGACCCCGAGGCCCAACAACGUGGACCUUUUGAAGAAGAUGCUGGCUCAGAUGACGACGACGAAACCGACCAGGAGCUCAGUGACGACGAAUCUUACGAUGCUUUGGAAAACAGGUUCCAUGGUCUCGAGGAGGAAGUUGCUACCCUCGUCGCAGAUGUGCACGAUUUAGCCUUGUACACCAAGCUAAAUAUCACUGGCUUUAUGAAAAUUCUUAAGAAACACGAUAAACAAACAUCUCGCUCCUUGAAGACGACAUUUAUACAAGAUUACCUUGAAAAGCGACCUUUUUAUCGCUAUAACUGGGAUGCCCUUAUUGUCAAGCUUUCCAAACUUUAUGAUUUGGUACGGACUCGCGGUCAUCCGAUUCAAGGCGAUUCAAGUGCGGGUGGGUCUCAGAGCGCCUUUGUUAGACAGACAACAAAAUACUGGGUCCAUCCAGAUAAUUUGGUCUCGCUGAAACUGGCCAUCUUGAGAAAUUUACCAGUUCUCGUCUUUAAUCCUGACAAGGAAUUUGAGCAGAAAGAUGCUGCCAUCACCUCCAUUUACUUUGACAAUGAAGACCUCGAGCUUUAUCUCGGUCGCCUUGAAAAGACAGAAGGCGCGGAGGCUAUCAGGUUGCGAUGGUAUGGCGACGUCACCACGAAAACUAUUUUUGUAGAGCGGAAGACUCAUCGAGAAGACUGGACCGGGGAGAAAUCUGUUAAAGCCCGUUUUCCCAUAAAAGAGCAUUUAGUCAACGCCUUUCUUAGAGGAGAGUAUACCAUGGACGCUGAAUUCCAGCAACUGGUUAAGAAAGGAAAGAAGACACAACAGGAGGUCGAUUCCAUGACUCAACUGGCUAAUGAAGUCCAGUAUACUGUUCUAACUCGAAAACUUCAGCCUGUGAUGCGCUCUUUUUACAACCGGACUGCGUUCCAACUACCGGGUGACGCUCGGGUGCGAAUCUCCUUGGACACCGAGCUUACCUUGGUCAGAGAAGACAACUGGGACGACCGGGUGCGCGCCGGUAAUAACUGGCGUCGAACAGAUAUCGGCAUCGACUAUCCUUUUGAACAGCUCCCUGAGGAUGAUAAAGAGCUCUUCAAGUAUGGAGUCCUGGAAGUCAAACUCCAAACCCAGUUAGGACAAGAGCCACCACAGUGGGUCACAGAUCUGGUUCAAUCACAUCUGGUGGAAGCGGUACCGAAAUUCAGUAAAUUCAUUCAUGGCUGUGCCACCCUCCUGCCGAACCGGGUGGACCUGGUUCCUUUUUGGCUGCCCCAAAUGGACACUGACAUUUUGAAACCUGACACUGGCUACCUCUCAAUCAUCGAAAGGCCCUCCAACAUUUCGUCUUCGAAGGGAUCCUUUGAACAACGGGACAGUUCAGACUCACGAACGCCGCCUCAUCCUAGCUAUGCUGAGCCUGUCUCUGAAGGAGAAGAAGAUGAGAACAUGGACGUCGCUCCUGCUAAGGAUGAACACAAGCGCACCGGUCUCAGCGGAGAGGAAGUCGCCGCUGCCAUCGCUUAUCGCGAACAAAUGCUGAAGGAAGCACGUGUCAAAGAGCUCGUAAAUGGGAAAAAGCCGAGCAAAGUCACAUCUUCUGAUGAGGGCGUCCUUGAAGCCGACAACGAAGAGGAGACGGAUGAAAGGACAGCGUUCUUGAGGGGAAAGAAAAUCCAACAGUCGACAGCUGACCGCAAAGCGAGAGCACUUUCAAUCGAUCCUUUGGCCCCGUCUUCCGCUUUUGACGAAACAUUGAGAACGCGUCUGAAGGGUGAAAGCCAAAUUCGGGAACGAGGACUCGAACCUGAACAAGAUGGAGGUGGAGGUGGAGGAAAAUCUGUGACCGGCACUGAUGAUCGUUUGCUGGUCCGAGAAUGGACUGCGCCUUCUGGCAAAAGAAUUUCUGUUCCUGUUCGCAUUGAGCCUAAGGUCUACUUCGCUACCGAGAGAACAUUCUUGAAAUGGCUCAAUAUGUCCGUGUUCAUUGGUACCAUAGCUACGACGUUACUCAACUUCACCUCACCGGACGACUCUCGAGGUCUUAUCAGCGCGGCAUUGUUUACCUGCUGUGCAUUACUGGCCAUCGCAUAUUCUGCAGCAAUCUUCCUGUAUCGAGCUCUCUGUCUGAGGCAGAGACGAGCAGAAGGGCUGUACUAUGACAAGUAUGGACCGACGAUACUAUGCUUCGUUCUGUUUUCGGCGUUGGCAUCCAAUAUUGGUUUACGGGUCUCGGAAAUGAUUGAGCAACAUUAGGCCCAAGGUGAGGUCAAAGUGUACAAUUAGUAUUUUACAGUGUUCGAAGGAUAUUUAAAUGAGGAGUGGAAACUGGGUGGAAACCAAAGAGGGGGAACCCAGGUAUACAAAAAGGAAAGGUUUUAAGGACUUAAAAAAAAGUUGAUACGAGCAUUUGAUGUUCAUAGAACUAGUAUGUAUACUGUGCUUCGAGUACUUUGAUUCUAUGAGCUAUAGCUAGUGCUUGUUACCG